AUGAUAAAUAGAAUAGCUCCAUGGUUGAUACUUUUGGAAGUAUUAAGUAAAAAUUUUUAGUAUAAUUUUUAGUUGUAACUACGUCUUUAAGUCAAAUAGGAUUUUUGACUAAGAUAGAUAUUGAAAAAUAUGGGUAUAACACUAUAAAAUUAAAGUAAGCUGAAGAAAGCUUAAAAUAAAAUAAUUAAGUUAUACUCCCAAUUAUGUAAUAAUCUAAUGAAGAUCCUUAAUCUGUAGUAUUUAAUGUAUAUCAUGAACCGAUCUAAUAUUUAAAAUUAAUAAUUGCAGGUUCUGAUCAUUAAAUUUAUCCAGCUAUAAAUGGAUAAUUUACUAAAGCUAAUUUCAAGAUUACUUAAGAUGCUUUUAUUGAUACAGUAUCUAUUUUAAAUUAGUAUGUAUUAGAAUGUAACCCUUUACCAUAACAAUUCUGUAUUUAAUUUUUUGAAUAAAUUAUAAUCGAUGAAUAUAUUGAAUUCUAUGAUACCAAAGAAAUUUAACCAGAAAUUUAAUCUAAUUCAUAUAUUCAAUUCCCAAAUCAAUAUAGUAUUUAGGGAUGGUUUAAAUGGGAAACCAUUAUCAUGGAUAAUUGGCAUUUAGCAUUCCGUUUACAUAUUAAUAAAGGGCAAAAAAAUUAAAAUCAUUAAAGAUUAGGUGAUAGAACUUUAAAACAUACUUCAAAUGAUAUAUUUAUUUAAAUUUUAUUUCCAGAGAUAAUAAAUUUUUUUAGCAAGUUUCAAUCUCCUUCACCUAAUAUAUCCUAUUAGCAACAUAAGUAAGACUAUUUUUAAUUAAAUUAAUUGCAAAUUCAAAACAAAUUUAUGA